AUGGCACCAAACUGGGACAGACUUAUUCGCUUCAUUGCGACAGAUGGCCGUGAGCUGCGGGGUCAGCCAAUUCUCCCUUCGGCAGACUUUGACGUUGGUACUACAACAGAAGAGACGGGACUAAAGGCCAAAGUGAUCGAUGUUAAAAACAACGACAUCUUCGACUCAGCCACCAAGGUCACAGACGAAGAAGUAACGGUCAAGAAAUUGCUCGGUCCAGUAACAGUGGAUGAAGUGCCUAUCAUCCGCUGCAUAGGUCUGAACUUUAUCAAGCACAUCCAGGAAGGUGGCCGCACCCUCCCCCCAUACCCGUCCACCUUCAUAAAAGCAAACACAUGCUUAAACGACCAUGGUGCGCCCAUUGUCAUCCCAAAAAUCGCACAAGACAACCAAGCCGACUACGAGGGCGAACUUUGCUUCAUCAUCUCCAAGGACGCCAAAGACGUAUCCGAAGCUGAAGCUUUCGACUACAUCGGCGGCUACACAUCCGGCAAUGACGUCUCAUCGCGUAAACUUCAACGAGACCCUCUCCUAGCAGGAACAGUGCCACAAUGGAAUUUCUCAAAAGGCUUCGAUACCUACGCGCCUCUGGGCCCCCAACUCGUUUCCACCAAAGUUAUCCCUGACCCGUCCAAACUGCAUCUCAAGACCAUCGUUAAUGGCGAUUUGAGACAAAACUCAGGCAUUGACGACCUGUGUUUCAAGAUCCCAACCUUGGUGAGCUAUUGCAGUCAGGGCACUACGCUAAAGAAGGGGACUGUGUUCAUGACGGGUACGUGUGCGGGUGUUGGUUAUGCGAUGAAGGAGCCGCAGUUCUUGAAGCCGGGCGAUGUGGUUGAGGUAAACCUGAGUCCAGAGAUUGGCACGCUGAAGAAUACGGUCGAGUAUGCUUGA